AUGAACAAAGGAACCGACCCGGCUGUUUUACAAAUCUUGGUGAACUUUGUUAUUUGGUUAAACGCGUUUAUUGUUCAUUGGGUUGCUCAUUUUUAUCGACAUCUUUAUAAGGCAAAUGAAAGGAAGGGAAUUCCGACACCGGCAUCAACUUCGUGGGUUCCUUUUCCUCUGAAGUUUUUGCCGCCGGAGUCCAUCGUCUCUCAGAUAGGAAGAAGCUUCGCUUGGCUGACUCUGACUGUCCCAAAGAACGACUUCAACCAAGACCCACUACAGAGAUUCUGCAUCGGUGACUCCAAGAUUAUGGGUUCGUUGUCUGGUUUAUUUCAAAGGCCGGUUGUUGCAGCCUCUGCUGUUGCAUUAGCUUCUGUUUCUACUGAUCUUCGUGACAGAUUCUUUCCAUCCAAACCGGAUUCAUGUUCUUCAUCAGAACAAUCAAUUGGCUGUUCAUCGGAUUUAAUCAGUGAAGCAAAAUGGGCACAAAUCUCUGGUUCUAGUGUUUCAAAGCUAUCUUUUUCAACAAAGAGUCGGAUACCUGUUCCUAAUUUCAGAUACCCAACAAUUCAUAUACCCAACAAGAUGGCUUCUGAUGUUGCGUUUUCUUCUGCUUUACUCAACGUGUAUAGAUGGCAUUUACCACAGCCUAAUGCCAUUGGUUUAUCAGAAAACUCUAAAAUGGUGGUGGUUUUGCUUGGGUGGCUGGGUGCUAAACAGAAACAUCUCAAGAAAUAUGCAGAUUGGUAUACCUCAAAAGGGUUCCAUGUCAUCACCUUUACAUUUCCCAUGUCUGAGAUUUUAAGUUAUAAAGUUGGAGGGAAAACGGAAGAGCAUGUGAAUUCGCUUGUGAAUCAUCUUUCUGAAUGGUUGGAAGAAGAAUACGGAAAGAAUUUGGUCUUUCACACAUUCAGCAACACCGGAUGGCUAAUAUAUGGAGCUAUCUUGGAAAAGUUUCAGAUGCAAGACGUUACACUAAUGGGGCGGAUUAAGGGAUGUAUAGUGGAUUCUGCACCUGUUGCAUCCCCGGACCCACAGGUUUGGGCUUCGGGUUUCUCUGCUGCUUUUCUGAAGAAAAACAGUAUUGCAGCAAAAGGACAUAGAAAUGAAGGUGACAUCUCUGCCAAACCAGCAAUGAGUGAAUCGGCUCUGUUGGUGGUUCUUGAGAAGUUCUUUGGCGUGGUUUUAAAUCUUCCAUCAGUUAACCAGAGGCUUUCGAAUGUAUUAGUACAGCUGAAAUCCGGGCAGCCAAGCUGCCCGCAGUUGUACAUCUACAGCAGUGCGGACAAAGUGAUUCCUGCAGGGUCAGUGGAGUCUUUUAUAGAGGCACAGCAAAGAACAGGGCGUGUGGUCAGGUCAUGCAACUUUAAGUCAACACCACAUGUUGACCAUUUUAGGAAUGAACCCGAGUUGUAUGCUUCUCAGCUCUCACAGUUUCUCAAAGACUGUGUGCGUACUUCUUAAAAAGUUGAUGAUGGGGUUUGACACUGACCUUCACCCUGACUUUGAUUCUUUUUCCUAUUCUUUGACAUGAUGAUCUAUAUGAUUUAAUUUUUAAAGUGGAAUAUAUACACGAGGGACAAUAAGUGUUGGGUUUUUAAUGCUUACCCUUUAACCUGAUCCUCUUACUGUAAUCCGAUUGUUACUGAAUAUAGAGAUGAAAUUACAAUGCUACUUAAACGACUCUGAUAAUGGUAUCUGUUAAAGUGGUGGAUGGAUACAAAACCAGUCCCAUGUUGUCUCCAAGCGGGAGUACCACUACUAGUUUCAAACUUGCACCCAUAGACCAUUUAAUGGUACAAUAUUUUAAUGAAUAAUCUGAUAUUAACUCGAGCUUUGUAAAAACAAACGGUUUGGUUUGUUGUAGG